AAAAAAGUUCAACCGGACACGUAACAUAUGUUGCAUGCAUAUAAUACCCCUCGUUGAAAAUUGAAAGCAACAAUAAAUGAAGGCAAUGAAAGGAAACUUGGUAUUUGGAAAUUCAGAACUUAGGUAUUAAUGAUUAUACUGUUUAAUUCCAAUUAAAAUGAUUGCGUUUCCUCAAUCGGAUCUCCGUUGGGCGAUUCAUUCGGCGGCUGCACUUCUUUCUUUCUCCGCCGCCGGUAGUCCGCCGCAGCGGCUGAGACGACUCUGCAUCAGUGCUAGCGCCGGUGAUGGUAGAACGACCCCUAAGCCCUCUGUUUGUACGGCAGAUGAGCUUCAUUACGUUCCCCUUCCCAACAAUGAAUGGAAUCUCGCCCUAUGGCGCUACUUGCCUUCAUCGCAGCGGAGCCGCAGGAAUCAUCCUCUGUUAUUAUUGUCCGGAGUGGGCACUAAUGCCAUUGGCUAUGAUCUUGCUCCUGGUUCAUCUUUUGCACGACAUAUGUCUGGGCAAGGAUUUGAUACUUGGAUUCUUGAAGUUCGAGGAGCAGGCUUGAGUGCAAAAAAUAGUCUAAAGGAUCCUCGCCAAGGAAAAUUUGAGGGUAUAUCUGAAGAGCAACUUAGCUCAACUGAUGAAGGUUUACGAGAUGCAGCACAAGUUUCUUCCAUCACUAGCCAACUAAGGGACUUCUGUAACAGACUUGGAGAGAUUAUUGAUGAAAGUCAACAACCAAUCACUCAGUUUACUGGUUUGCAAAACCGCUUUUCUAUUACACUGGGAGAUUUCUGGAAACAGCUUCAUCUGAUUGGGAAGUAUAACUGGGACUUCGAUCAUUACUUGGAAGAAGAUGUGCCUAUAGCGAUGGACUACAUAAGGAACCAAAGCAGACCAAAGGAUGGAAAGUUGCUUGCUAUUGGACAUUCCAUGGGAGGUAUCUUGCUGUAUGCAAUGCUCUCACAAGAUGGUUACAGAGGAAAGAACACUGAGUUGGCUUCAGUCAUCACUUUGGGUUCAUCACUGGACUACACUACUUCAAGGUCAUCCAUGAAAAUGCUUAUACCCUUCGUAGAUCCUGCAAAAGCUGUAAAUCUUCCAGUUGUUCCAGUCGGAGCAUUACUCACAGCCAUCUAUCCUCUUGCAUCCUAUCCUCCGUAUCUCUUAUCAUGGUUAAAUCCUCAGAUAUCUGCACAAAAUAUGAUGCAUCCAGAAUUGUUUGAGAGGCUUGUCUUGAAAAACUUUUGCACUAUUCCUGCUAAACUUCUGUCACAGCUAUCAACAGCCUUCGGAAAGGGUGGACUACGGAAUAGAAGUGGGACUUUCUUUUACAAGGACCAUCUUCACAAAACCAAUGUACCUGUUUUAGCUCUCGCAGGAGACAAAGACCUUAUUUGUCCUCCUGAAGCUGUGUAUGAAACUGUCAAGCUGAUUCCUGAGAACUUGGCUACUUAUAAAGUUUUUGGUGAACCUCGAGGUCCACACUAUGCCCAUUAUGAUCUAGUCGGUGGACGAAUGGCAUACUAUCAAGUAUAUCCACGUAUAAUUGAAUUCCUCAGUCGACAUGAUAUCUGUUGAUCUACACCGGAGUAUAGCAUCCUCUGCAUCCAGUUCCAUGUGACUUGACCACCUCUACCACAGUGCAAGUGUCAUGCGACAGUGGGAGAAGCUGAACCGUUAGUUCUACACCCAGUGUGUGGGAUCAUGAGAUGGAUGUAAAAGGCCAGGAGACCAUGCAAACCAUCUUAGUAGGAAGUAUACGUCCAUUGAGUUUCAAAGAUGAGUAAUUAUGAACCAUUGUGGGCAAGAGCGGAGGAGCUACAAUACUAGGUAUGGGUUCGGACGUAUUCAUCAGCUUUACCCUGUAUUUAUAUUAAUAUAAUUCAUUAAAUGUGUAUAAAUAUUUAAUUGUGAACCCUCUGCCAUUAAAUGGUUGGUAAGAAAUGUGUAGUUGUGAAGCAUCAGAAGUUCAAUUCACUCGUAAAACAGUUGUAUUGAGGGCCAUUGAGGAUUUUUUGUUUUGGUGGUAUAGGUUAUGGAGGAGUUUGCCUGUAUUUGUUUAAA